AUGGGAAGUAUUCACUGGUUUGUUUUAUUGGCUCUGGUAGAGAUCUUUUUCAUUACGAAUCUCGCUAAUGUCCAAGGUCAACAAGGAUUCACCAGCUUAGACUGCGGAAUGCCCUAUAACGAAUCUAGUUAUAUCGAAGAGUCCACGGGUUUGAAUUUCUCAUCCGACGCUGGUUUCGUUCGUAGCGGGAAAAGUGGUCGAAUCAAGACCGAGGAUCCCAGUUCUGUCAUGGCAUACAUAAGGCCAUAUAAGAACCUUCGGUAUUUUCCGGAAGGAGCACGUAACUGCUAUAAUCUGACUGUCAUGCAGGGAACACAUUACCUUAUCAGAGCUGUGUUCGUGUACGGAAAUUAUGAUGACCUUAAACGAGGACCACGAUUUGAUCUUUAUCUUGGCCCUAACUUCUGGACAAAUAUAAAUUUGCAAGACCAAGUAAUUGGUAAGAGUACAACAGAGGAGAUAAUCCACAUGCCAAAGUCAAACUCUUUGGAUAUAUGUCUCCUUAAGUCAGGAACAACAACGCCAUUAAUAUCAGCCUUGGAAGUACGUCCCCUCAGAGAUGACACUUAUACUACUAAAACUGGCUCCCUGAAGCUAUUCUCCCGCUGGUCAUUUAACAAUUAUGAAAUAUCUUGUGAAGCCCAUCUAACUUAACAUCCUGAUGAUGUGCAUGAUCGUGUGUGGAACACAGACUUUUUGGACGAUGAAUGGACAGAAAUAAGCACCAUUACCGAUGUAAAUACUACGAAUGGUUUUGAUGUGCCACAAGCUAUUAUUUCAAAGGCGUCCAUACCCAAAGCCCUUGAAGAACCAUCAUUGAGCAAAAACUGGACGAUGGAAACCCAGGACAAUAUUCACUUGUACCUUCAUUUUGCUGAUAUUCAAGAGCUAUAUCCCGAUACCAUCAGAGAGUUUAGUAUUUCGUGGAAUGGAAACAUUAUCAUUGCUGACUACAGGCCUCCAGAGUUCAUGGUUGAUACUAUACCUAUCAGAAGUUCAACAACAUGCGACGAUGAUAAUUGCUACGUACAGCUUGUAAAAACUAACUUGUCAAAUUAUCCACCAUCAAUUAAUGCCAUGGAGGUUUUCUUGGUACUCCAGCUUCCUCAGUCAGAGACUGAUGAAAACGACGGUUAUCACCAAUAAACAUGCUCUUAUGGUUUAGAGAAAAUGAGUUGGCAAGGAGAUCCAUGUGUACCUACACAGUAUAUGUGGACUAGUCUAAACUGCAGCAACACGUUUCCAUCUAUUCCACCAAGAAUCACUUCCCUGGAUCUGUCGAAUAACAACUUGACAGGAAGCGUGCCUGAAUUUCUCGCCCAAAUGAAGUUGUUGACGAUCAUAAACUUGAGUGGAAACAAUCUUAGCGGCCCAAUUCCUGAAACCUUACGUAUCAUGCAAAAGAAGGGGCUAAAACUGAUACUUGACGGAAAUCCAAAGCUCUGUUUGGGUCCAUCUUGCCAAAGUGAUGGAAAUAACAAAAAGAAAUGGCUAGUACCCAUUCUUGCAUCAGCUGCUUCGGUGGGUAUUAUUACAGCUGUGCUUUCUAUCAUUAUUAUGUUCUAUAAAAAGAAGAGGUCUUCGAAAGGUCUACGUCCAUCUAUUGUGGCCAACAAGAAAAUCUUUACAUAUGAAGAGGUCACGGUCAUGACAAAUAACUUUGAGAGAACUCUUGGCCAAGGGGGGUUUGGAGUCGUGUACCACGGUAACUUAAAUGGGAAUGAAGAAGUUGCUGUUAAAGUGCUAUCUCAGUCCUCAGCUCAAGGCUAUAAGCAAUUUAAGGCUGAGAUUGAUCUUCUUCUGAGAGUACACCACGUAAACUUGGUAAGCCUUGUUGGUCACUGUGAGGAAGGACAACACUUGGUCCUCAUCUAUGAGUACAUGUCCAGUGGAGACUUAAAAGAACAUUUAUCUGGAGAAUGCGCUAGCUCCCCUCUGAGUUGGGAAAAUAGGCUAAGAAUAGCUGCAGAGGCAGCUCAAGGACUGGAGUACUUACAUAUCGGCUGCAAACCACCAAUGAUUCAUAGAGAUAUCAAAUCUUCGAACAUACUUCUUGAUGAUCAUUUCCAGGCUAAGCUUGGAGAUUUUGGGCUUUCAAGAUCUUUUCUAGUAGGAAGUGAAAGUCAUGUGUCAACAACUGUUGCUGGAACUCCAGGUUAUCUUGACCCUGAAUAUAACCGAACAAACUGGUUGACAGAGAAGAGUGAUGUCUUCAGUUUUGGAGUUGUGUUACUGGAGAUUAUCACAAGCCAGCCAGUGAUUGACCAAACUCGUGAAAAGUCGCACAUAGGAGAAUGGGUGGGAUUUAAGUUAACCAAUGGAGAUAUAAAAACUAUUGUGGAUCCAAGUCUCAUGGAGGAUUAUGACUCUAGUUCACUGUGGAAGGCUCUUGAGCUAGCAAUGUCGUGCGUGAACCCAUCCUCGUCUGGAAGACCAAGCAUGUCCCGGGUUGCUAAUGAACUACAAGAGUGUCUUUUAUCUGAGAACUCGAGGAAAGGGGGGAGACAUGACGUGGACUCCAAAAGUUCUCAUGAACUGAGCACAAGUUUUGAAACUGAACAGAAUCCUGAUGCACGCUAGUGCAUGCCGUGAAUCCCCAAGUGUGUUUGAAUAACAAAAGUAUUUCUACUGAGUUUUUGUACUCCAUCUGUCAGAUUUGGUUUGAUCUAUCAAAUAUACUUAUAAAUAUGACUUUCAAAAUUAAUUGAUUAAUGCUUAGACGUAAA